UACGGUACGCCAAUUCUGUAUAUCAGAGUUCCAAGUUACAGAUAAGAAUCAAAGACGAGCAUAGCAGAAAAGCAAAGGAAGAGGUCAACAGAUUGAACAAGGAAACGAUCAUGGCAAAGUCAGAAAGCAGUUUCAAUGACUCCAGAUGGUCUCUCAAGGGAAUGACUGGUCUCGUCACUGGUGGCACUCGUGGAAUCGGGCAUGCGGUGGUUGAGGAACUGGCAGGGCUAGGGGCGACCGUACACACCUGCUCAAGAAAUGAGACAGAGCUCAAAAAGUGCUUAAAGGAGUGGGAAGGUAAGGGCUUUGUGGUCACUGGGUCGGUGUGUGAUGUUUCUUUCAGAGCCCAGAGAGAGAAGCUGAUGGAGGAAGUGAGUUCUGUUUUCAAUGGCAAGCUCAACAUACUUGUGAAUAAUGUUGGGACAAAUAUCAGGAAGCGAACUACAGAAUACUCUGCCGAGGAAUUUUCAUAUCUAAUGGCUACCAACUUGGAAUCUGCAUAUCAUUUUUGUCAACUCACAUAUCCUCUCAUAAAAGCAGCUGGUGUAGGAAGCAUUGUGUUCAUUUCCUCUGUUGCUGGUCUUAUAGAUAUAGGUAGCGGAUCCAUUUAUGGGGCAGCAAAAGGUGCAAUUAAUCAACUUACAAAAAAUUUGGCUUGUGAGUGGGCAAAAGACAAUAUCAGGACUAAUUGUGUUGCACCCUGGUACAUAAGAACCUCGCUUGUGGAACAUCUGCUUGAUAAGAAAGAGUUUAUGGAGAAGGUAAUCUCUCGAACUCCUCUUGGACGUGUAGGAGAAGCUGAAGAAAUUUCAUCGGUAGUGGCAUUUCUGUGCACCCCUGCUGCUUCUUACAUCACCGGACAGGUUAUCUCAGUGGAUGGUGGCUUCACAGUGAAUGGAUUCAGCUUCAGCCCCUAGAUUGAACCAACUUAUUGGCAGAGGAGAGGAUUUCAGAUCUUCUCAAUAAGCAGCUCCAAUUCCAAUAUUAUGUGUGUUGUGUUAGAUAGAUCAUAGAUGAGCUGAAGCUAAAAUUGUUUCUGUUUGAGCAUACUUGUGAACAUCUCUUAAUAUCCCAUUUUAUUGCAUGAAUAUGGACCUUUGGUACCA